CUAAAUAUUUUCAGUUUCCUUUCGACUUUCUAUGGUUUUGUUCUCGAAGGAGUGAUGUGCAAAUGGCGAAUUGCAGUCUUUUCUUUUCUUUCACUAUUUUUUAUUAUCAAAUAGAAAGUUUGAAAGUAAAGAAUAAUUAAAGUUUUGCAUAGGGUCGGUCAAACAGGCUGAAUUUAAAAUCACAUGGUUCCCUGACACCUGAUAAAAAUCUUAAUCCAAACCAGUUCGGCAGCUGAGUCCGUGUUUACCACCAUUUUCUAGGAAUACAGAAACGACGAUUCCUACCCCAAAUUGUGUUGUUCGAUCUUGAUUUCUUUAGAUUUUAUCAUCGCAUGGAAAAAACCAGAAAGCACAAUGAAUGCACCGAACCCAGAUCGACGGGAAGGAGGGUGGAAAUCACAAACAUAGUGGAUGGAUCUCCCGACCCAAUCUCCUUCACGCUUCCCCGACUAGAUCUGCUCGUCGGCGGGAGAGAAGCAAAGACAGAGGGGUAUGGAAAACAGCUUUCGAUCGGGCUCGGGCUGAGAAGUGGUGGAAUCGUCACCAGAAGGGGAAGAAAGCACUCACUUCACAUGAAAUUGACUGCGAAGAACCGAAAUCGGUGUAGAAGGUCGGUACAGGCGGUGAGUUUGUUGUAAAUAACUCGUUGAUCCGCAGCUGGCUUGCAGAUGAGAAUGGUAGAUACGACGUGAGAGUGGGUGAUCAGUCCGGCCUUAAGUAACCAGUUCGUGGAGCGAGAGCGGAAGCAAGAAUGCGAGAGCUUCUAUUUUAGAAGAACUUAAAGUUGGGAGCGUGAUGAGAGUGUCAUUAUUAUAUUAUAUAUAAUUAUUUUAUAUUAAUAUAAUUGACAAUUAGUAUACAAAAUAUCAUUUAUUUUGUUUAUAUUAACAAUAUAUAAAUCGUAAAGUAUUAAUGGAUAAAGGAUUAAUAAUAUGAAAAAGGGUAUAUUUCACAAUAUUGCAUUUAGAUUGUAUUAAUCCUUCGAUCCAUUUUUCUCGUCAUAAAAUUUAACAAUUUGGAAUUCGAGUAAAAACUAAAUUAAAGUCCAAGAUUCUUGCCACAAAAAAGUCCAAGAUUAUUAGUAAAUGGCCUUUGGGCUUUCCAUUCCCAGUACUUCUAUAAUAUAGUUACAUUGAUGUAAAAACAAAAGGACAAUAAUAUCCAGCAACCAGAAGCAUCGAGACGGUGGAUGAUUCUCCUCAAUUCAAAAGUGUCGACUCUUCAUGUUCGACAUCGACUACUGUCGUCAUAUCUCUCCGACGUCGGAACUCCUUGUUUCCUCCAGAACGAAGUAUCUCUAUAGUCUCAAAGCCCUAUCUCACUACUCGUUGGUUGUUCUUUCAUUUUCAUCUUGACCGACCUCAAUUAAUCGGCAAUCUGCUUCAUCCAUUUAGAGCCGAUGGUGGCAGUGUUCUCGCCUCUCGUUUAGUCUACUCUUAUUUCACCAUUCACACAAUUAAUGGCUCAAAAAAAAUUCAAACUCUAUGCAAAAGGGUAGUUUUAAUCGGACUCGCGUUCUCCCACAACAAAUUCGCGCUCCCGCCGAAAUCAAUUCUCGAAUUGUAUACGACUUGCCAGAAAUUUUCGUUUUGCCGAAUUGCAGCGUGAACUUGGGCUUGGAACCCACGAAUUGGGUACCCUAAAUCCGGCCGAACAGAUGUGUGUGGCUAAAACCUAUUCUGUUUUUGUGGGCCGCAACAAUCUCUGGGACCGUUCAAGUUCGCGCGUGUACGGUAAGUUGGCUUGUUCCACAGAGGAAAGAGAAAAAAAUUAGUAUUACCUAUUCUACCCUUACUACAAACGCUAUUGGAUUGGAGCAACAAAUUUGAAAUGGGGGAAGGGUUUUUCUCUUGCUGCUAUUAUGUUAUGUGUAGAUAAGAUAGAUAAAAAUUUAAAUUAAGUAUUAAAAUGCAACUAAAAUAAUCAAAAUAUGAAAAUCGAAGUAUCAAAACCAAAUAAGUACUUAUGCGAACUGUACAAGAGGUCAAAACGACUCUAUUUGACAUGGAUCCUACCAAGGCUCCAGGUCUAUAUGGUUGGACACCUGGUUUUUAUAAAAAAUGUUGGGGAGUUAUAGGUCCUAACAUCAUUAGGGGGGUGCAACACUUCUUCAGUGGAGGAAACUUACCAAAAGAUAUGAACUCAACAUCUCUUACACUGAUCCCAAAAGUGCCUAAUGCAGUUUCUCUUACUGCCUAUCGUCCUAUUCCCUGUAUUAACAUAAUCUACAAGAUCAUUUCAAAAGUGUUUGUCAAUAGGCUGAAAAUGGUUCUUCCUUCCAUUAUCAGCAGAAAUCAAUUUGCCUUUAUUCAAGGUCGAAGUAUCUUAGAGAACAUCCUAAUGGCUCAGGAGAUAGUGCAGAAUUAUAAUAGGAAUCAAAUCUCUUCUAGAUGUGCAGUGAAGAUUGAUCUAAAGAAGGCUUUUGAUUCAGUUAAUUGGGAGUAUUUGCUUUGUGUAAUGAACUAAUGAUCAAAAUGGGCUUCCCGGAAAAGUUCUGUCAAUGGAUUAAUCUUUGUCUUAGUUCUGCAUAUUUCAGCAUUUCCAUCCAAGGCAGUCUGUUUGGGUUUUUUCAGGUAGCCAAGGGUGUAAGGCAGGGGGUCCCAUCUCCCCUUACCUUUUCCCCAUAGCAAUGGAGCCUCUUACGGGUAGGGCUGGAAGUUUGGUACUGGUAUUUGGGAUAUACCGAAUAUCGUACCGAAUUUGUCUAUAUUUGGUAUUACCGAAUACACGUAUUAUUUUGUGGGAUUGAGAUUGGGAUUGAAUUUCAAUUGUUAUUCGGUAUUAGGGAUUACGGGAUUGGGAUCGGUAUAUACCGAAAUACCGAUCAAUACCAAAAUAUAUGCUAGUGUGUAUUUUAUUCUCUCAACUAAACUAUCUCGUUCACUACUACGCGACCUCCAAAUCACUUACCUAUAUGUCGCCUAUCGUUCUCGAGCGAGUCUAAGAAAACUCUAGAGUCUAUGCAACGCCUCCUCUAGUGCUUCCCAUCGUCUCGUCUUUUCUUUGUUUUCUUUAUUUCCUGGGUUUUGCCAAAAGGCUCAAGAUCGAGGAACCUCAACCCUACAAUCCAUUUUUUAAAACUCAAACUGAAAUUCUUUCUUACCAAAGAGUGGGGAAUGAAAGGUCCCGUAGAGA